GGAAACUCGCCGACUUCUCCUACAUACACAUAAUAAAAUAUAUACAUGUGUAACGGCGGAUGAGCUGUUAUUUGAUAUUUUCAAUUGCCUUCUGUUCCUUGACAUAUCAUUUUAUGCAGCAGCAGCAGCAUCAGCAGCAGAAUAAGCCUCGCGAAGAACGCUCACUCUCGGUGGUUGUGCAGCUGACACUAGUGCCCGUUGCGGCUGUCUUAGCGGGAUAGCCAUGGGACCUGGGGGACCUGGGGGUCCGGGAGGGGGACCCGGGGGUCCGGGAGGAGGACCUGGCGGAUUUGGACCCGGCGGAUUUGGACCCGGCGGAUUUGGCCCGGGUGGAUUUGGUCCUGGAGGUCCCGGCGGACCGUGGGGUCCUGGAGGUCCUGGCGGACCGUGGGGGCCGGGACCUGGCGGCCCGUGGGGUCCUGGAUUCUUUGGAGGUCCGGGAUUCUUCGGUGGUUUCUUUGAUGGGAUGUGCAACAUGAUGGCUUCCUGCUUGUCCUGCUUGUGUUGCUGUUGGUUGUUCCAAGAUUGCUUCGGCGGGCCCCGCGGACCAUACGGCCCCCCAGGCCCGGGCGGCCCUCCACGGUUCUGAUUUGACGUCCGACUCUCCAAUUUAUCAAUACACGUUGUUCUUCGUAUAGUUAGCAUCCUCUUACGUUCUUGUUUUAGAGAAAAAUAAAAGCGAUCCACUCUUUCAUGUUUAACUGACAAAGUUCUGUCAUGUGUGGUCCAUGCUCAUUCCAAUCUUCUCACGGGGUUACUGACAAAAAAGUUAUUUCAUUUCGUUAAUCACCAA